UCUGCGGGGCGGGGCCCUGCGCGGCCGCCGUAGGGGCCGAGUACGGUGGCCGCGGGGCGGCGGCGGGGCGGCCGGGCGGCGGGCGCGGGGCCGCCAUGGGCAACCUGUUCGGCCGCAAGAAGCAGAGCCGGGUCACCGAGCAGGACAGGGCCAUCCUGCAACUCAAGCAGCAGCGGGACAAGCUGAGACAGUACCAGAAGAGGGUCACGCAGCAGCUGGAGCGGGAGCGGGCCCUGGCCAGGCAGCUUCUGCGAGAUGGCAGGAAGGAACGGGCCAAGCUGCUGCUCAAGAAGAAACGGUACCGGGAGCAGCUCCUGGACAGGACAGAGAGCCAGAUCAGCAGCCUGGAGGCCAUGGUCCAGAGCAUCGAGUUCACCCAGAUUGAGAUGAAGGUGCUGGAGGGGCUGCAGGUGGGGAAUGAGUGUCUGAACAAGAUGCACCAGGUGAUGUCUAUAGAGGACGUGGAGAGGAUCCUAGACGAAACCCAGGAGGCCGUGGAGUACCAGCGGCAAAUAGACGAGCUGUUGGCGGGACGCUUCACUCAGGAGGAUGAAGACGCCAUCCUGGAGGAGCUGGACGCGAUCGCUCAGGAACAACUAGAGCUCCCGGAGGUUCCUUCGGAGCCCCUUCCUGAAACACACCCAGAAAAAGCCCCUGUCAAGGUCAGACCCAGGCCCGCAGACCUGGUGGCAGCCUCAUAGCUCAGCCUUCACAGGACUCACAGGGAUUCUGCAAGGACAAGCCCACGGAGUUUGGGUGUGUGGCAGCCCCAAAGGGCUCCCAGGAGGCCGGCAAGGCCAGGCUGGCCGAAGGUGCUGUUGGGCGGAAGAGCAGCACACGCAGACCCACGUCCCAGGCAGCUUCGGAGCGUCCCCUCACGGUGUAGUCUGAUUGCACAGGGGCGCUGCUGUUCUGCUCUCCUUCCGGAUUAAACAGCGACAUGCAGACCCUUGGCCAGGCCCGGCUUCUGACGGGGUGGUUCCCAUGGUGGCCGAGGCCCAGGUCUGCCACCCGUCCCUGGUGCCAUUCACCGGCCCUAGCACUGUGGGGAAAGCAGCCUCAGGCCUAGGGCCCCCCCUCCCUCUCCCUCCCUCCCUCUCCCUCCCUCCCUCUCCCUCCCUCUCCCACCCUCUCCCUCGUUUGCUGCCCAUGAGCUGGUGGAAAGCUGCAGCUGGGGGGGAACCCUGAUGUGCCUCAGUUUCCCUGUAGGUUAGGGGCAGACACCCCAGAACCUUGUGGCUCCUCUACCUUGACACCCCAGACAAGCUUCCAGCCUUUGUGGGCGUUGGACCCGGGGGCUGUCGCUGCUAGUUUGACUCCUGGAGCCCCGGCCUUGCCCCGCUGCCCAGUGGCUCUACCCCGCCCAGAAAAGACAUCCUGAAGGAGAUGGUGAGACUGGCUGCAGCAGCCGUGGCACCCUCCGUGUGCCUGUGGCUGUCCUGCACAGUCCCAGCCAGCAGCUCCUGAGCCAGCAGCUGCCAGGACAGGAGGCUCAGCCCGGAAGCCACUUCUCUUGCAAGCACUUGUUUUGCCAUCGGACAACCUGGCCGGGGUCUCGCUGGCCCAUGAGCAGGGGCCACCAGGACAAGGAGCCUCCUCCUCAGCCCCAAACGGUCGGCCCCAUAUUAAAGUCGGCCCCUGCCUGGCCUGCUGCCCUGUG